ACAGAGGUGUGUCGUUGCUAGGCGUUAGCAUUCGUUCCUUACUAUCAAGAGACAAAGUCGUACACACGAAUGGACCAUCAGUUUAUCGCCGGAUAGUUAAUCGACUUGGUGAGAUUUAAAACGUCUAAGAAAGAUGUUUGUAGAUUGGAACAUCGUUAAUGAGCAUCCAUUGAUGAAAUGGUCGGUUAAUAACAAAGGAGAUAGGAAGAAUUUUGUUAAUAUUCCUCAUGUCAUUGUAAUGGUAGGACUACCAGCACGUGGGAAGACUUAUAUUGCAAGAAAACUAACCAGAUAUUUGAAUUGGAUUGGAAUAAGUACAAAAGUUUUUAAUGUUGGUGAAUAUCGAAGACAAGCUACAGAAGCCUAUAAAAGUCAUGAAUUUUUUAAUCCUCAUAACAAAGAAGCAAUGGCAAUUAGAAAUAAAGUGGCAUUGGAUGCAUUAGAAGAUAUGUGUAAGUGGCUUGAGAAAAAUGGAGAAGUAGCAGUUUAUGAUGCGACCAAUACCACUUUUGAAAGAAGAAAAUUAAUAUAUGAUAUUGUUCAUGGAAAAUUUGGUUAUAAGUUAUUUUUUGUUGAAUCAUAUUGUGAUGAACCAAGCAUCAUUGAAGCAAAUAUAAAGGAAGUAAAAGUCCAUAGUCCUGAUUAUAAAGGUAUGAAUAAAGAUUCUGCCCUGGUGGAUUUCAUGCAAAGAAUUGAACACUAUAAAAAGUCAUAUCAACCACUAAAUGAAGUUUAUGAAAAAAGUUAUUCAUUUAUGCAAAUAUAUAAUGCAGGACAAAAAGUUGUUGUUCAUAGACAUGAAGGACAUAUUCAAAGCCGAGUGGUUUAUUAUUUGAUGAAUAUACACAUAAUACCAAGAUCUAUAUAUCUUACAAGACAUGGAGAAAGUAUAUUUAAUCAGCAGGGUAAAAUUGGUGGUGAUGCAGACUUAUCAGAAAGAGGUUGGGAGUAUGCUGAUGCCUUAUCAAAAUUCAUUCAAGAACAAAACAUUAAUCAACUUCGUGUUUGGACAAGUCAAUUGAAACGUACAAUGCAAACUGCUUCAGGAAUAGAUGCUCCUCAAGAACGUUGGAAGGCUUUGAAUGAAAUAGAUGCAGGUAUUUGUGAAGAAAUGACAUAUGAAGAAAUCAAACGAAAAUAUCCUAAAGAAUUUGUUGCUAGAGACCAAGAUAAAUUUCAUUAUAGAUAUCCAAGAGGAGAGUCAUAUGAAGAUGUUGUAGCAAGAUUAGAACCUGUUAUAAUGGAACUUGAAAGACAAGAAAAUGUAUUAGUUGUUGCUCAUCAAGCUAUAUUAAGAUGUCUUCUUGCAUAUUUCUUAGAUAAAAAUGCAGAGGAAUUACCUUAUUUGGAAGUACCUCUUCACACAGUUUUUAAAUUAACACCAGUGGCAUAUGGAUGCGAUUUGGAAGAUUUUAAAGUGCCUAUUGAAGCCGUUGACACUCAUCGUCCAAAACCCGAAAUUCCAGGAUUUUUAGAAGAAAAAUUCCGUUUUAAAUCAGCAAACAUUAUCGAAGAUCCUUGAAAAUCUGCUGAGACGAUUUGGAGUAUUUUUAUAUUUGUAUAGCCAAGCUGAAAUUUUGCAGAACCAAAGAUAUUUUUAUCCCAGAUUGUAUUUUUUGUAAUUAUGUCAUUCCAAAAUGUUUAAAUGUUUUCAUUCCAAAUUUGAUUUUGAUGAUGAUGAUGAUGAUUUGUUAUAUACCAAUGCAUUUUUUCCCUCUCCCUUUUAAGAAAAAUAAAUAUUU